AUGGAUGAUAGAAUUAUACGCGAUGUUUGGGCUUCUAAUUUAGAACAAGAAUUAAAAAUCAUAUCAGAUCUAAUAGAAGAUUACCCAUAUAUUGCAAUGGAUACAGAAUUCCCAGGCGUUAUCGUUAAACCAGUUGGUUCAUUCAAAUCCACACAAGAACUAGAAUAUCAAACAACAAGAUGCAACGUAGAUUUACUUAAAAUUAUUCAAAUUGGUAUUACUUUAGGUGAUAAAGAAGGAUUUUAUCCAACUCCUUGCUGUACUUGGCAAUUUAACUUUAAGUUUGAUGAGAAAAGAGAUCCACAUUUCCAUAGGUCUAUUGUUUUACUCCAGCAAUCCGGUAUAGAUUUUAAGAGAUUCAAUAAUGAUGGUAUUGACGUUUACGAAUUUGCUAGAUUACUAAUUCCUAGUGGUUUAGUAAUGAAUCCAGGAAUUACAUGGGUAUCAUUUCAUAGUAUAACAGAUUUUGGAUAUUUGAUCAAAGUAUUAACAGCAAAGCCACUACCUGAAACCUGCGCUGCAUUCUUCAAGGUAUUAGAACUAUAUUUUCCUAACUUUUAUGACAUUAAAUAUUAUACAUAUCCCAGAACCGAAAUUGCAGAUGGUCUUCAGAAAAUUGCUAAUCAAUUAGGUGUUAGUAGAGUUGGCCGUGAACACCAGGCUGGUUCUGAUGCUUUUGUUACACUAAAAGUUUUCUUCGAAUUAAAGCGCCAAUUGGUUAUCACAGAUGCUGAAUUGAACAAUGCUAAGAACAAGCUUUUCGGAGCUUCUGCUAUUGUCUAA